AUGUUCUCGUUUGAUUUAAGCUCUGCAUCCGGACAGACCCAAAAAUCCUAUGGGAUUACUUCCCCGAUAUCCUUGGCGGGACCCAAGCCCGGGGUAAGUGAAACAUUUAGACCACAAGCACAUGUGGACAGUUGAUCAUAAAUUCACUUAAGCAUGAUCGAUCAUGUCUUCCAGUUAAUUACGGGGAAAGUUCGUUAAAGUUCGUUACGAAAGAUUAGCGUGUUGAGUGUUUAAGGAGUAAUUUUAGACCCUCAUUUGACCUGUAUAGUAGUGACACAUUUGCAGUCCGUACGUGUGCCAUACCGUUUUUUACUCCAAAAGAACUGACCAUGAUAUUUUAAAAAAAGAGAAAUAAUGUUCCUGAAACAGGAUUAACAUUUUUGAAAGUACAGUAGUUUGGAAAAUUUAUCACUGCAGAUAGGAAACUAAUCUUACUGUUUUACUAUACAAUACUUGUGUCAUCUUAUGUGAUGCAAAAGAUACCUGGAGUGUUAAAUGUACGUUUGAACAUCUAUUUGGCUCUCAUGUUUUGAUUAGGUCCAUAAUUGAACUAUGAAUGAAAGAUUUCCCAUAGGUCUUUUGGCUUAUUCAUGCAUGACAUUUGUACAAAAUUUGUGCAGAUGUCAUUGAACCUAUAACUGCAUACUUAUUUUGUCCUCUCUAACCAAUAGUUUUCUUAGUACUUGUAGCAGUUUCAUAUUCUUUUAUAGUAUUGGGAAGUGAAGUAAUGUUGCAUGAUUUGAAAUUAUUUUCUCAGGACAUAACACUUACUAAGGCACUUGAAGAAUCUCUCAAACCUUAUGGAGUCUUUGAGUCUGAGGAAGAGCUUCAACACAGGUUACUAGAAUAUAGUAUUUUAAAGCCUAAGGAAGAGUGUGCUCUACUUAGACUGCUUUGGUUGCUAUGGCAAGUAGAAAGAAGUAUACGAGCAACCACAUGUGAGGAAAAGUUAGCCCAAUUUGUCAAACUGUAUGUGUUGGUCUGGUAGUACAUGUGAUCUUUGUUUUUGUUUUGUUUUCUUCUGUUUUGUUUUUUGCGUUUCUGUGUGUAUGUGGGCAUAAGUUUUUUCAACUAUCCCUUUCCAAUUGGGUGAUGUUUAAAAGAGCUGAGCUUUAAGCCAUAACUAUGCAAGCAGUCAACUUUUCCUCUUUAUCACCACUGUGAUAGUAAAUGGUUGUAAGCAUUUAAGAGAAAUUUGUUAUGUUAAUUUUUGAGAAAGCUUUCAGGAAUGAGAUGUCUUUUUCACACCUUAUCCAGAUUCUCCUAACUAAAAUGUAACAACUGUAGAGGAACAUUUAAUUUGUGUGUCAAUUGCCACAGAAAAUUAUUGUCUUGCAUUGUAUUUGUUAGUUGCACCUUUGAUGCAACUUUUCCUUUCCCCCCUCACUCUUAAAUUUCUGUCACCUUCUCUGAUUCUAACUGAAAUUCCUUCAACUAUUUUUGGGGUGUGCAGGAUAGUUGUCCUUGGAAAACUUAAUACUUUGGUCAAACAAUGGAUCAUUGAUACUAGUCUAGCCAAGGUUGGUGGGAAUUAUUCCUUGUGCAAGGUGCAUGUUUGACAACAGAGUAAUUGAUAAAGUAUAAAUUGCAUGUGUUUCUAUUUGUUUGAUAUACAUAUACAGGGUAUAAAUAAUUACAGGCCAAAAAUGAUGGUGAUGACUGAAAUUUCUGUAAAUCUAAAGGCAACAAUAGGAAAUUGUAAUGGAAAAAGAAAUAAAAUUGAAAAUAAGUUUAUUUGAAAAUUAAUUUGCUUAAUUUAAAAUUGAAAAUAAGUUUAUCAAAAUCAUUACUUUCAUUCACGUCUUUAUCUGCAGUUCAAAUAUAUGACUUUCAUAUAUUCUUAACCGUCUAUUCAUCACUUCACGGGUUUUUUUAGAACCACCAUCAUGACCAGCUCCCAGGUGGCUUGUUAGCUCAGUUGGUAGAGCACUGCACCAGUAUCGCAGAGGUCAUGGGUUCAAAUCCCGUACAAGCCUGAAUUUUUUUCAGGCCUUAUUUUCACUACUGCCUAAGUAGUGCACAUCACUGUGAGGAUCACUUUCAUUCGCGUCUUUAUCUGCAGUUCAAAUAUAUGACUUUCAUAUAUUCUUAACCGCCAAAAUUGUUCUAUUUGUCAGAACAUGCCAGAAUCUGUAGCUAAUUCAGUUGGAGGAAAGAUCUUCACCUUUGGUUCAUACAGACUUGGUGUUCACACAAAAGGUAAGUAAUUAUUGCCGCACAUCCCCUACACAUACCUGGGAAAAACACUGUUCAUAAGUAGGUUACCACCCUCUGGGGAAAUAAGAGUCUUGGGUUGAGAAAGAAAGGUCUCCUCUCUCGAGAAAGAACCCUUGUCUGACAAGAAGGCAAAAACCCUAAUGAUUUUAUCUCAAUAAGUUAAUUGGUGAUAAAUAAAACUAUACUGAAGUUAUAUUUUUCUUAGUUCUCUUAGCUGAUCUGCUUGGCAGUGUGUUGAUAUUGUUAUUUAAAGAUUAAUUGUUGUGUUAUCAUUCGUGGGAAUGAAGGAGUGGCAUGGUUGGCCAUUGGCCAUCUUGUUUUCUCUCACAUUUCAUCUUUCUUUAUCAUAUUUUGCUCGAAACUUGAAUCCACUUUUUUGUAAGAGAGUGCAAACCACAGGAAUAUAGAAUAAACCACAAAAGUUAUAGUGCAUAAGAAUGACCAAAGGUGGGAAAGAUUGAUACAGAUGAUGACCAAAGAAUUUAGGUUACAGUUUCCAAGCUGUAUAACUGUAACUUAACUCCUUCAAGACCAUUUAAUUAUCAACCACAAUGAAACUUGACCUCAUGUAAUAUUAUGAUAAGGCGACAUGCUGUAAUUGAAAUAUCUAGGUGCUGAUAUUGACACCCUCCUUGUUGCUCCUCGUCAUAUUGACCGAUCUGACUUCUUUGGGACAUUCUAUGAGAUUCUCAAAAAUAAUGAGGAUGUGAAAGAACUAAGGGUAAGAUUUUGUUGCUGUACUGUAAGUCUACGAGACAAAUUAUUUUUGAACUAUAUAGUUUGGACAUUUUAUCAAAACUGAACUGUUUGCAAGUACAUUUCAAACCAUAAAACUGUAGUAUGGUGUAUAUGCUUCUGUUAGCACCUAUAAAAAUUUUAUCGACAUUAAACAACCAACUCGUGAAGAUAUCUCAAAUUAAUUUUAUUUUCAAAAAAUAACUGGUUUUUACAUAUAGGUUGACAAGAAUUUGAAUUAUGGACCUUUUGUUUCCAAUUUAACUUUUUCAAUUUUCUUUUAUUCCUCUUAAACUGUUUGUUUUCUGGACUUUCUUUUGGUUUAGGCUCUAAGUGAUAACUUCCUGAACUCAGAAGUAUGUAUCAUUUUUACUCUUUUUUCUAGGCUGUUGAAAAUGCCUUUGUUCCAGUCAUCAAGUUGGUGUUUUGUAACAUAGAGGUAAGUCUUGCCCAGGGUAUGUUGUGGUUAUUUCUUCAUUUCAGUCAAACUUUGUGAAAUUUUGCAUAUAAGCUUACUUCCCAUUUGGUCUUGACCUUUACCUGUAGAUGGACCUGUUGUUUGCCCGAUUAGCACUGCCAGAGGUGCCAGAUGAUCUGAGUCUACUGGAUGAGAGCCUACUGAAAAACUUGGAUCCCAAGUGUGUCAGAAGUUUAAAUGGUAAGGUUCUAGAUAAGUUCUUGUUCAUGUUGUUAAUUUUAUUUUGGGUAGUCUUUCUUUCACAGUGUGUGUAUCUCUUAAUUCAGUAUGUAUACAUUUAUCAUCAUGAAAGAUGAAUGACACUACCAGCUCAACUGUCUGUGUAAUUUAUUUGUAUAAAUCAUUUCAUGGAAAAGUAUGUGAAUCUUCUGAAUGUGUGUAUACUUCAGCAUUAUUACUGUUACAUGAACACAUUGUAACAUAGUUUUGAUGUGGUCUUUUUCAGGUUGUCGUGUCACAGAUGAAAUCCUACACUUAGUUCCCAAUAUAGAAAACUUUCGGCUUACUUUAAGAGCGGUGAAACUGUGGGCAAAAAGUGAGUGUUAAAGGCUUUUUCCCUCAAUAGUGCAUUUGGCAAUUUUAAAACUGAUUUCUUUUAAAAACAUUCUGAAUUUCUCUGCUCUUUCAGACCGUGGAAUUUACUCCAAUGUAUUAGGUUUUCUUGGUGGUGUGUCGUGGGCUAUGUUAGUUGCUCGCACAUGUCAGUUGUAUCCAAAUGCUGUGGCAGCAACACUACUUCAAAAAUUCUUUCUUGUGUUUUCAAAAUGGUAGGUCAUCACUAAGUACCACAUUAAUAACAUUUUACACCAAUGCAUGUACACUGUACAUGUGUAGAGGUCAUUUUGAUAGUUGACCCACUUAGACUGAAGAUUUUUUUCUUGUUGUUGCACUCAGCAAUAUGCAAUUCUCUAAAAAGGAUUUGUUGUUUUCAGGGACUGGCCAAAUCCAGUUUUGUUAAAGAAUAUCACUCAGCCUGCUGAAAAACUAGGCUUAAAUUUUCCUGUUUGGGAUCCAAGGGUAAGUGAAUGAAGUUUUUGUUGAAUUGGUCUAUGCUCUUGCUCAGUAAUGGAGACAGUGACAACAUAAAACAGAAGGUGAUGUUAGAUUCUAAUGAAGGGUUGUCUGUCUUUGGAAAAUUAAUGUUGUAAGUCUUGUGUUUGGAUACUGAUUGCUCACAUUAAUUUCUCAAUCAAAACUUGCUGGAAAAACUUCAAUCAAAUAUCAUCAUGGAACUGCUAGUCAGUUUCCUUGCUUUAAGACUCACAAGGCUUGACUAACCAAAAAUUCUUCCAACCAGCCUGUCAAAAUGUUAGUCACUGUCUUUAAAAGUAGUUUUCAUUGCCAGCUGCUUGAUCACUUGAUGAACUGUUACUCUGUAUAUAAAGACACACACACACAACUCACAGUUCCUCCAAUUGCUCUGAAAGGGCUAACACUCAAAACAUCAGCUUUUAAACUCUUUACAGUGACCAAUUUACAUUAUCAACUCACUUGAUAAUACUAAAUUACCCUUUUACUCUUACACACUGUAGCUUCAGUCCAUUGCAUCUCCAAGCUUACUUGGAUCUCAAUCUUUUUUUUUUUACAGUACAAUCCAGCUGAUCGAUAUCACCUUAUGCCUAUCAUAACUCCAGCUUUUCCACAGCAGAAUUCCACUUUUAAUGUCUCAAUGUCAACAAGAUCCAUCAUGAAUGAAGAAUUUGAAAUUGGUGAGUUAGACUUUGUUCACUGGUAUGCCAGCAAAGUCUAAUGGUAUAUUAAUGGAUACUGUGCAUUUUUGCCUGUUAUGUUCUUUCCAGUUCAGUGACCCAUAACGCCCAAUCUUAUCUGGUCUCUGUAGCAUGAAUAUACAAGGGGCAUUACCUCCUAACCCCCCUUACCCCCCCCCUCCCCUAAUGAAAUAUUUGGGGCUACCUGCUUUGAUCUCAUGCAGUGUCCUGUUUACAGAGUGGCGAUACUCCUAAUCAUGGAUUAAGCUUUCUUGGUUUUGACUGCUUAGCUUGUUUUCUGACUGUGUGAUGGACUGUCAUUCCAUCCACUGGUUGAGGCAACACUCCAAGUUGCUUCAUGCUACAGAAACUAGUCAAAGAGUAUUAUUAUGAUUCUGGCCCACAAGUACCUUUAUAUAUAGCUUCUUUCAAAGCAAGCAUGUCCCAUACUCAUUGAAUACGGUAGUCUUAGACUUACCUUUUUUGGUUCCAGGCCUUACAAUCACAAGUGAUGUUUUAAUUGGCAAGUCUACAUGGGAUGCACUGUUUCAACCACCCAACUUCUUUAGCAAAUACAAGUACUUGAUCUCUUGCUGUUUCUUGUGUCUCUUUGUAAAGCUAAGCAUCUGUCGCACUGGUUUGUAUAAUCUUAAUGUACAUCUUAGAACUGAUGCAAUAAAAGUGGAGUGUUCAAGUGUGCUGUUUGAUUAUUUACCUGUUCUUGCCGAUAAUGCCUUAUGGCAAUUCUUCAGUACAGAUAUAAAAAGGAAGAACUUUUCUUGUGAUUCAGUUUCAAGACAAUGAAAUUUUACUUAUUUGUUAUGUGCAUUCAAAAUGACCAAAAAAAUUUACUUCCAAAUGGAUAAAACAGAACAGAAUUAUUAAACAUUUAAUUUGUGGAUGAUAUUCCACUGAAGAGUGUUUCUUGUUAGAGUGUUCAAGUGUUGCUCAAAAACAUUUAAGAAGGUAGCCUUAUUAUGGCAGUCUUGACUCAUUUUUUUACUGGAUUUUCUUUUCUUCAAUCCCUCAGUUUUCUCUAUAGAAUUUAGUGACAGUCAAUGUCAAUAGGCAUGUCACAGUUUUCUCUAUUCUCAGUGAUUAUAAAUGGCAGAAUAUGCAAUUUAAAAUGAUCAACCAUUUCUUUUGCAUGUAUUGCUACCUCUUUUGAAUUUUUAAUUCAGUGGUUUUAAAACUGUUGUGAGGUGUGCCAUCUUUCAAUUGCAAUAUUAUUUGAUUUAUGGACUGCAUUGACAAGAAGCAGACUGUGUCCCACCCAGCGUAAUUUAUUGCUGGUGAAUUCUAUUCUCCACGUUUCAGACAUUAUAUUGUGUUAAGUGCCAUAUCCAACUCUGAAGAGGAUCACUUAGAAUGGUGAGUUUUUUUUCAUUUCAUUCGUUUUUCUGCCCACAUGCGAAAGGAAAUGACUGCUGAUCAAGGAUGCCACCAAGCUUUUGGCAGUAACUUUUUUAUUUAGUCACAAUAAAUCCAUUUUCUUUUUUCAUGCUGGUUACAAGAUGAUUAAUAUUGUCUCCUUUUUCUCAGACCAAGCUCAAAAUUCACCAUCUAUCUCAAUUUGUAAUUUACUUUUCUAUUUUUCUCUCUUUCAGGAUUGGCUUAGUAGAGUCCAAGGUCAGAAUACUUGUGUCCAACCUGGAAAAUACCCAGUUUGUGACACUUGCUCAUGUGAAGCCCAAAUCAUUUGCCCCACUGGAACCAGACAAGUAAGCUUCUUUUGUUUUUGUGUAAAAGGUAACUUGCAACUGCUUUUUCAACCUCAGCAACUCUACCUUAACCAAAAGGGAGAUAAAGGAGGAGGCUACAGUUUAUGAGAACUAACAAAAUUAUUAAUUAUCAUGAUAUAACUUCAAAUUCUCAUAAACAGCAAACAAGGAAAGGUGCAGUCAUAAGUUGCAGCUGUAAAAGGAUUUGCCCACAGAUCCCAGUUGUGACUUGUUUGCCUAUGAAAGCCGUAAUAAAAGAUUCACCUCUUAGGCAGCAGGAUUUAGGAGAAAUGACUUUCCACCUACAUGGAGUUUGUCUGUUGAACGCUACAGAUUUGACACCGUUUUGUUGUUUGAAUUACAGAGCGUCUCCCACCAACAGGUGGUUUAUAGGAUUACAGUUUGAAAAAAAGGGUAAGUAUUACUUGUUCAUCAGAGUGUGUUAUCUUUUAUUUACUUUCAACUGUAAUAGAGCUGUGAAAAAAAAUCACCAAAACGUCCUUCACUAAAUGGAAAUUUAACCUCAUUGCUACUUUGUUGUGUUGACAGAAAAUGUAAAUGUAGAUUUGACAGGAGCAAUUCAGAUGUUUACAAAUACUGGUAUGUAAAUCGUAUGAUUAUGCUUUUAAAUUUAUUCAUAUGUUUUGCUUUUUGAGCUCAGUAAGUCAUGGCUGUGCUUUAGCAGAGCUCGUGUGUCACGGUUACUUGCUUUCUACCAUAGGUGACCUGGAUAAACGUUACUUGAAUGAAAGCGUUCAAGAGCUAACCAUUUCAGAUUUCUGAAACAUAGGCCUUCACGCGAUAGUGAAUCUUCUAGUACCACAUCUCUAAGUCUUAUUGAGAGUGAAUGUGAUGUUUAAUGGCUUUAUUUGAACUCCUGUUUUCGUGAAUAUGUUGUGUCAAUAUCUGUGUCUGCCAGUUCAUCACUGUCCAUCCAUUCAGCCAUAGGCUUCACGUCACUGUGGGUGUUACUGGUACAUAAAUUUUUAACAGAAAAGUGUCACAAAACCAUAAGACAAGCGUUAAACUAAUGUUCUUACCAAUUUCGAUAUCUUAUUUAAAACUUAACAGACAUCAGGAGAAUGGAAUCUACUAAUUUAAUAGACAAAAAACUGCUAGUGAUGACUUCAUCUAUGACUUUUUAUCAGCAAGAAGAAGGAGAAUUAGCAAAAAUGCGUGUAGAUUUGGGUGAAGUAAAUGAGUUGAUACAGUGUCUCUUGACUUGCUAUCGUUGAAUAAAAUGAGCCAUUUUUUAACCUCUUCAGUCCACACCCAGGCAGUGACAGCCAAAAUGUUCAAAGAGGGUAUGAGAAUAGAGGCUAUACACGUCAAAAAGUGAGUCAACUUAGUUGGAUUCCAUUUCUAUAUUACAUGUACCUCCAAGAGUAGUUUCAGCCGAGAAUUGAUGGGAAAAAAAAGCACCAAGCACCACGAUUUUUUGAUUGAGUGACGACUCCAAUCACAGCAAAGGCAAAAUGAGCCAAUAAGAACUCAGAAAAAGCAAACCCACUGAAGCGCGGAAAGACGCAACCGACCAAGUGAUACUUGUGUCAGUUUCCUUCUGAUUGACUAAGAGCGUGGGGCGAGUUUUAUAGACCAAUCACAGAGCACAGUUAGACGCAACUGAUGCAACAGACCAAGUUGUGAUUGCUUUGAGUUUCCAUUUGAUUGGUUGAGAGGGUGGCGCGAGUUUCUGGACCAAUCACAGAGCGGAGUUAAGCGAAACCAAAUUGAAUACUUCCUUGACUAGUCAAGUGCAAAACCAAAACCAGCUACUACUUGGCCACUAUCAUUUUCUCGCCGUAUCUUCUCGCGCGAGGCCGGCUACAUGAUUUUACUUUUGAGUUCUCAUUGGCUCUAGAUAUUCCUUUUUUUGCUGAUUAGUCGUUUUAUUAUUUUGGCUUUGGCUUAACGUCACUAAGUCUAAAUGGAAAAAAAAAAUGAUCAAUAAGUUUCUACCUCUAAUGGAAGACUGUAGUCACACCCCUAACGAGACAAAUGCCGGUAGUAAGGAAAUUUAUCAGCCGGAUCAGUGAUUGAUUAUAAGAUUCUUCGUGAUUGCAGGAAGCAACUCAGUAAAUAUUUACCACCAAGUGUGCUUAAACAGAAGAAAAAAAGCUCCAUAGUACAACCAGUAAGUCAUGAAAAGACUUGUAUUUUGGUAUUUUACUAGAAAUUACAUGUGGACAUUUAUUUCGAAGGCCAUUUGCCACAAGUUAGGGAAGCUUCUCUGACCAGUUUUUGUCGCUAGGAGAGGCAAUAGUAUUGGUUGUAUUUGACUCCAGUUUUUCUUUGGUACUAUGUAUUGCUCGUUCUCUUCCUAAUUUAUCUGUUGCGACCAGAGAUUGUGAUCAAUUGGAUGAGUGAGUGUGAUGUGAAAUUUGUGUACAAUUAUUGACAGAGCAUGUUCCCUAUCUGGUUUUCUUUAGUAUUAUUUUCAUUAUUUUUUAAAUGUUAAUUCGAUUUUUCGUUGCUGGCACACUUUCUUAAUUUUUUCCCCUUGAAAGUGGAGUGAAAAGAAAAAAUUGCCCCAUCAUCCAUCGACAAGGUUCACAUAGCAAUACUUAGGCCUGCAACGAACACCGCUUCAUGCAGUUUCAUGCGCUUGUAACUCAGGAACGAGUUCGAUGACGCUUAUUUUUUUUUUAAAAAAGUAAUCAGCUCAUCAAUAUUCAAGUUUAAAAAAACUGAACUGUAGAUGCAGCCCCCCUUAAUUUUUCGAUAAUGCUCUGCAUCUUAUGUCAGAUUGUCGAGAAACAACAGAAACGAAUGACUCUUGUUUUGUCUUCAGGGUUCAGCGACUUCUGGGGGGAAGUCAGCUAAAGGUGACGUGUCUCUAGAUUCGACACUUAAUGCCAGUGAUGCGAGUUUGGAGAUCACUUCAGAGCCCAGCAAUGAUAGUGUGGAGUUGACGGGAAGCAGUGAAAACAGCGAAGAAGCAAGUGAGUCGAUUUGUAUAUAUUUAGACUACAUUUCAGACUGAUUACACUGACUGGCUAUCAGACAUGUGUUUUCGUGUCCUGUUAGGUUUUUCCUCCUCCUAAGAUCCUUGCACCGAGAUUUAUAUCAAAUUCACUUUUCUAACAACGUUUUCGUAUUCAGCGCCGAGUGCUCUCUGAAAGAAAGCUUUCACUCACUCGACAGAAGAGAAAAUAAAAGUAGGCCAUGAUACUCCUUUCCAGAAAACAACAAUUUACCACUUGAUCCAUCAAGGAUAGGCGGUCAAACUGCUGAUGUGUGUAUCUCGCUUAAAAGUAUUCCGGCUUAGUGACCGUAAGUAGGGAGAAACACUUUUGUUUCGUAGUUUGUUGGAAUCUUAAAAAUAUUAUUGUUUCUUUCUCUUAUUAUUUGCAGGUGUAGCCACGGUCAGUAGCUCAGACGACAAAAAGGUGAACCCAGACUCCACGGUUUCCUCUGUCUCCACUGUUGGUGAAGUGACGUCAUCAGAUACAACUUCUGUCACUAGUCAGCCAUCGGCGGCUUCACCAGACAAGGUAUGCGCGGCCCUUAAAUAACUGAGCCGCAUUUUGACAUCUUUGAGACAGAGUUGUGUCUCGCCAAAGCGAGAGACAUUUGAUUCGCCAACUUACGCUGGCGAAUCAAAACAACACUCGAGUUAAAUGGCAGUAUUUUGGCGUAGUUUUCGUUUUUAGUUAUGGCGUUAUUAACAAAUUUUGUUACAACUUUCCUUAUCUAUCGUCUCGUAACAGGGUUCAAAUGUAUAUUUUUUAUUACCGCAGUUUCAUCCUUGAAAACGUGUUAAAAUUGGCUGCGAAGUAGUAGUUGGCAAUAAUACAGCGAAGAACCUCUCUUUUGCCGGUUUUUUCGUGGCAAAUCUGUGACAUUCGCAGAUGACUGUUCGUCAGCGACUGGACUCAUAGUAUCAAUUUUAAUGACAUAGAGCCGUACAAAGAUCCGCUCAGUGUCUGUAAUAAGCUUAAUUCUCGGUUUUUAUCUAGCAGUGCAUGAAACCACCGAUCUUAAGCACCAAAUGGAUCCCUGUACAAUUACGUCUUUAAAAUAAAAUUUGUGAAUUAAUGGAAGUAUCAAAGCAACUACAAACCUACCCCUCCCCUAAUCUAGCUAUAACCCUGAAUUGUUAUCAGUUGACUGCUGUUGGGUUAGGGGAGGGGUCGCUCGGGGAGGGGAGCUCGAAAGUCAAACGUCAUUGAUCUAACAUAACACGUCUUUUCCGUAACAUUGAUGUGCAUUUUCCUCAGCCUGCUGGUUUAAAGCGUGCUGGAUCUCCUUCAGAAGACGAAAAGGGCAGCAAGAAACGACGAGUGGAUGAUGCCGAAAUCACGGUUUGUUAUAAAGUCUUUCUUCGAUGCCUCUGAAGUUGUCGUAUGAUUUUUUGUUGCGUUGCGCUUUGUAGACAGUGUUGUCAAUCCUUACUUAUUUAAGAUUGUAUUCGUUCUCUGAAGACGACCAGUUCCGUGAAUUCACUCAACGGCAAUGACGGGAGGAAACGGCCAAAUUCUAACCUUAUCGACGGUGAAAGUCCACAGGAGAAGAAGAAAGAUGGUGCGGAUCUUGACAGCGUGAGUUAAUGUAGUUGGCUAGACAAUAAACAUUAUUUAUCAGGGUUAGUUUUAUAAGAAAAAAGUGCCGCAAAUGAUCAUCUUGAUGUUUAAGAGACUGGGAAGUUGUCGCUUGAAUGAAAUAAAAGGAGAGUAUUUUAUUAUUGAUAUUAUUACGUUGAGGUGUUAGGACUCUGUAGGCAUCCGAUCCGAUUUGUGGGUAAUACCCUUAAUUCCCUUUAUGUUACAUGGAUAAUCUGCAGCCUGAUAUGCUAUUUAGGCUUGUAGAAGCAUCUAAACUUUCUCUGUGUUUGACUAGACCUGAACGAAAUAGUAGAUUGAUGGGCAAACACAGCACGUCAGGGUAGAAGAGCUGUGAUCAUACAUCUGUUGCAGCACUGAAUUCAGUUUAUGGGACGUCUAGAAGGAGCAAUCUUAGCAAGAAGCAGGAAAAAAAACAAGAUAUUAGUCCCUGAUGUGAUACGCUUCUUACCAAACUUCUACGAUAUCUUCUGCCUACGUUGAUAAACAUAUUAACAAUUGAUAAUAAUUUUUGCUUAGGAAUGGAAGUGUUAACUUCUCUUGACUUCACCUCCAGGUUAAUGCGAAUACACAGAUGAGGGAAGGUGACGUGAAGGGAUCAACGAAGACUGAAAACUGUGCUAAAACAGGAGACAACAAACCUGAAAAUCUGACCGAUGUAAGUAGGAAGGAUCUGAUAUUUCUUUGAGUUCGGCGUGGCUGUACACAUUAUGAGAAGGAACAUCUUAAGUUGGUAGAAAUUUCGGACACUUUCAUACUAGAUUUAAUAAAUGGUGAAAUUUCGUCACAAAUGCCUGGGUCCUCGUUAGUGAUUCGUCAGUUAUUUUUGGAACUUCUCGUGUGACUGUGGGAAGACCUACCAGUAGCGACAUAUACAUGUUCUUUAAGAGAAUCCUUGAAAAUUUCAAGCUUUUAUCAUUUCAGAGUAACAACCCAGUGGAAUCGAAGGAUGGAGUGUCGGCGGCGGUUAAACGAUCGAUAUCUCCUACCAACGAGGAAAAACACUCGGAGAAGAAACUCAAAUCUGCUAACGAGGUUAACCUCUUUAAAAUUUAUUUUUCAUUAGUCAAUUUUAUGACAGUGUCUUGAAGCUGCGUGUCAAGCUGUUUUGCGUGCGAGAAUAGAAUGUCUUCUCGAAACUGGGGAUCGCUAUUCUCGAGCGUCUCGAUCCUCGAUCGAGAAGUAUUUAAUCCACUAAAAGGUGCAUCACAACUAGCUUAGCAAAGAAAUUUGUGACCCUCUUUUUAACCAUUGCAGGAUCUUGAAAAGGAACUCACCGACGAAGGACCUCCGCCUGCUGGCCAAAUACCAGUUGUUAAAAAUGCCAUCAAAAUAAAACUCAAGUAAACGGUUUUACUACAUAUUUACGGUAAGAAGGAAGAAACGAUUUUCAAAGUCGUGCUACUUCAGGUAGAGAGUACAAAACGUGUUUCUGAAUCACACUUACUUUUAACAAGUUAUCCACCACAUGACCGGUCAUGUGACCUGUUGUGAUACACUAGACAUGUGUUUUGUGUGAUAAUUAUUCGCAGUUUUUCCUUUGAUAUACGCCGUUAUCGUCACGUGUUGCAUUCAUCUUGCACACGGUCUUGUUUGACCUGGGCCAACAACCAUGUAAUAUUUUUGUGAGCUUGUACAGGAAAAGUUAAUAUUAAAAUGUAUAUUUUGACUUUUGUGUUUCUUAUGAGUCCAGAGGUUACUGAGUUGUAUCUUUGAGGAAAUCCAGGUUGCGAGUUCUGCUUUGCUAAUAAUCAAACAUUUUGUAUACUAAAGCAUUUUAAAGAAUCUUGUAUUGUACGAGUAUUUAUGAGGCCUUCUGUUGCGUUGAUUUUCCGAUGGGUUUUACGACGCUGUACUCUAGAUGUAACUUUUGUAAAGUGUCAAGUACCUCUAUGGGCGGAAAGAGGUUUACUUCGUACAUAAAAUAGCUUAAGAUGUAUUUUGCAGAUUGAGACAAAAAUUGAUAUAGUGUUACUGUACUGGAAGAAAAUUAAUAAACGAAAAAAGGAACAUCUAC